UCUCCGCACCAAUGAAGGCCCCAAACAGAGGUUCAUCCGGGAUUGUGAAAUACGAGGGGGCGGAACUUCCGGUGUCUUUCUGUUGGCGGCGGUUUGGCGGCCUUUGCUGCGUCUGCAGGACCCAAAGCUCUAGAUCACUGGGUGCAGCCCAGGUAACGGAAACUGGAAAAAGCUCGAGGGGACGCCGUCCACACUCCGCGGGAGUGAGCGGGAUACGGAACCUGCUUCCGGAAUUUUCGGGCCACGUUACCACCAUUAUCCCGCCACGCUCAACGGGUCCUAUGGCAACCAGCACGCUACAGGACCCGCCCCAGGUUCCCAUGGUAGCAGCAGCAUUUAUGGUCCCUGGACAGGGCCAUGUGAUCUUUGAGGAUGUGGCUGUGUCCUUCUCCCAGGAGGAAUGGGGUCUCCUUAACGAUGCUCAGAGACUCCUCUACUGUGACGUGAUGCUGGAGAACCUGUCACUUAUAGCCUCCCUGGGGUGUUGGCGUGCAGUAGGUACUGAGGAGGCUGCUUCUGAGCAAUGUGUUUCUGUAGAACUAGUGACACAAGACAGGAAUCCAAAUCCAGACCUAUCUAUCCUGAAGACUCUUACUUCAGAUACGGGUGCCCUGGUAGAGAAAGAUGUUUUGUACCUGGCUGAGCACCAAGAAGUGCAUCCUGGGCUGAAACCAUCCUCUUCUGGGGCUUGUGGGAAAAUGUUCACUUCUCACCUACAGCAGCACCAGAAGCAUCCCAUUGGAGAGAAACACCUCAGAAGCGAGGAGAAUGGGGCCUUGCUUGUGACGAGCUGCAAAGUCUUUUUACCCGACAAUAUGUUCACAUGUGGAGAAGUUGAGAAGGCUUUCCUAGGCAGCUUGGGCUUUCCCCCGCACCAGCCCUCCCACUAUGGAGAGCACCCAGGUACAAGCAGGCAGAGCAGGGAGGUCUCUCACCCUGGGGAAGGGCAUUACGAGUGCAGCGAAUGUGGCAAAGCCUUCAGUAAGAAGUAUAAAUUCACGGAGCACCUGAGAGUUCACACUGGUGAAAAACCUUAUGAGUGCAGUGACUGCGGGAAGUUCUUUAGACUCACCUCCAGUCUUACUCACCAUAGGAAGGUUCACACAGGAAAAAGGCUUUAUGAGUGCUGUAAUUGUGGGAAAGUGUUUGCCCACAAAUAUAAACUUGUUGAGCACCAGAGAAUCCACACUGGAGAAAGAUCCUAUGAGUGUAAUCAAUGUGGGAAAGCCUUCCUUCAAAAGGAUACACUUGUUCAGCACCAAAAAGUCCACACUGGAGAAAAUCCUAAGAGCAGUGAAUGUGGGAAGCCCUUCCUUUACAAAAAAAAUCUCCUUGUGCAUCAUAGGAUCCAUAUUGGAGAAAAGCCUUAUGGUUGUAGCAAAUGUGGGAAGUCAUUCAUCUUCAAAAAAAGGCUUCUUGAUCACCAGCGAAUCCACACUGGAGAAAAGCCUUAUAUGUGCAGUGAAUGUGGGAAAGCCUAUGUCUACAAAGGAAGUCUUGUUGUGCAUAAGAGAAUUCAUACUGGAGAAAAGGCUUAUGGGUGUAAAUGUGGGAAGUUCUUUACAAGCAGCUCUGCCCUCAGUAAACACCAGAAUGUUCACACUGCAGAAAGGCCUUAUGAGUGCAGUGAAUGUGGGAAAGCUUUCAAGGUCAAAAUUAAACUUGUUGAGCACCAGAGAAUCCACACUGGAGAAAGACCCUAUGAGUGUAAUCAAUGUGGGAAAGCCUUCAAGCUCAAGUACACACUUGUUCGGCACCAAACUGUCCACACUGGAGAAAAGCCUUUUAAUUGCAAUGAAUGUGGCAAGCCCUUCAGUUACAAAACAAGUCUUCUUGAGCACCAGAGAAUCCACACUGGAGAAAGGCCUCAUACAUGCAGUAAAUGUGGGGAAGCCUUUGUCUACAGAAGAAGUCUUGUUGUCCACCAGAGAAUCCACACUGGAGAAAGGCCUUAUAUGUGCAGUGAAUGUGGAGAAGCCUUUGUCUACAGAAGAAGUCUUAUUGCCCACCAGGGAAUCCAUACUAGAGAAAAACCUUGAGUGUAGUUCUUUGCAGGCAGCUCCAGGCUCAUAAAAAACAAGAAAGUUCACACUGGAGAAAUGCCCUCCGGACUUAUGCUUUCCUUCACUUGAGUUAAUAUCUAGCAGCAUAUAGAUUAGGUGUCAUAGAGGAAGUGAAAAUUUAACUUACGUGGAGCCAAACUUUCAUAGAGUGGUAGUAUCCUGAUACAGUCUUACCAGAAGCACCAGAACGUGAGUUCCUGUUGUUUACAUUCUUAUCAACACUUGGUAUGGUCAGGCUUUCUAACUUCAGUGAUGUAAGAGGUGUAUAGUGGUAUCUAGUGAUUUUAACUAGUAUUUCCCUAUUGACAUGAUGUUGAGUGGUUUUUCAUGUGAUAAUUUCCAUUCAUAGUUUUUUGAAAUUUCUGUUCAUAUAAUUUGUCAUCUUAAUUACUGAGUUUUGACAUUUCUUCAUGGAUUAUUGAUUAAGGUCCUCUAAUGGAAAUAUCUGACAUUAUUUUCAUCCAGAAUUGGUCUUCUCAUUUCAGUAGCUUUUCCAGAGAAAAAGUUUUCAGCUUUAAUGGAGUCUUAUUUGUCCAUUUAUUCUCUUACUGUUUAUGCUUUUGGUGUUCUAUCAAUAAAUGAAAAAUGUUUCCCAAAUUUAAAGACAGAAGUUUUUCUAUGUUUCCUUCUGAAACUUUAAAGUUUAGGUUUUUUUAUUGAUGUAAAUGAUUCAUAUUUAGUUCAUUUUUGGAAGUUCUUUUUAAAAUAUGGAUACCCAGUUGCUGCAGUGAUACUGACUUAAAUACCUUCUCCACUGAAUUGCUUUUGUAUCCUCAUUGAAGGUCAAUCAUAUGUAUAUGUUUAUUUCUGAACUUUAUCUUCUGUUGCAUUUAUCUACUUUAUUUAUGCCAAUCCUUUCAUGUGUUGAAUAAUUUGUUGUUAUAAUAUGCCUUGAAAUCAAGGUCAUGUACUCCUUGGACUUUCUUUUUCAAAGUUGUUAUGGCCAUUCUUAGUCCUUUGCCUUUCCAUGUGAAUUUUAGAAUCCACUUGUGAAUUUGAACAUCCCAAAAACCAACUAGGAUUUUGACUGGAAUUGCAUUUAAUCUUCAAUUUAGAAAGGCAUACUGAAUGUCCCAAUUCAUAAACAUGAUAUAUCUUCUUUUAUUUAGAUCUUAUUUAAUUUUUGUUAGCAAUGCUUUUUAGUUUUCUGUUUAUAAGUCUUGUAUAACUUAAACAUCCCCAGGUAUUUUCUACAUAGAAUGAUAUUGUGAAUGGAAACUUUUUUUAAAAAUUUCAAUUUCUGAAUUUUUCAUAGCUAUUACAGUUAGAGAGAUAUUAAACUAAGGAUAGAAGCAAUCCUUCUUGAUCUUAUAAACAUCUACAAAGAGUUAUUACAGGGACUUCCCUGGUGGCACAGUGGUUAAGAAUCCACCUGCCAAUGCAGGGGACAUGGU